AUGCUGAAGAUCGGAGUCUGGAUGUUUGAGGAGGGAGAUAAUGACGGGCUUCGUCACAUCCUAGGACAAGUCGCCCGCUAUAUGCGAGCCCUGAUCACUACUCGUGCUUCUCUAUCGACCUACAAUGAGACAAUAUUUCUACGGAAGGUUGAUAGCCAAGGUGUUUGGACUCUGGAGUACUCUCCUAUGGUCAUGUACGACAAUUAG